AGUGCCCAAACUCGCCAGCUACUAAAGGGACAAACCGUGCGCGUCCCUCUCCCUGUCCCUCUCCCUCCCACUCGAAAAUUGAAAUCAGUGACUGAGGAUUGGGUAACCGUUGAGAAGAAGACGAAGGAGAGGAAAGGCAGACUGUGUUUCAAAAUGGAGAGCAGUGAAGAAGAAGAAGACUUCCCCUCAAUUGAAAGAAUCGUCCCACAGUCGAAGGUCGAUUCCCUUUACCAAUCCCACACUGAGAAGGGGAUAAGAAAUCUUUGUUGUGAGCUCUUGGAUUUAAAGGAUGCCGUGGAGAACUUAUGUGGCAACAUGCACACAAAGUACUUAGCUUUCUUGAGGAUAUAUGAAGAGGCUGUGGAAAUGGAACUUGAAUUAAUUGAGCUGCGAAAGCAUAUUUCAGCUCAAGGGAUCCUUGUGCAGGAUUUAAUGACUGGUGUAUGCCGUGAAUUGGAAAAGUGGAAGUUAUCUAUUGGUGACAACCAUGAAUCUGAUCAUGACCCAGAAAUUCCCGAACUCCAAGAUCCCUUGCCAAGUGAAAAAGAUGAUGGGAAGAUAAUAUUUUUGGAGAAUGUUGAUGUUCUUUUGGCUGAACAUAAAGUUGAAGAAGCAUUAGAGGCUCUGGAUGCUGAAGAGAGAGAUUCUUCAGAGUUGAAAGACUCGGGGGAUACUUCAACCGGUGUAGUGUCAGAGUUCAAAUCUACUUUUUUGAAAAGAAAAUCAAUGCUUGAAGAUCAAUUAGUUCAUAUUAUUGAACAGCCUUCUUCUGGUGUUCUGGAAAUGAAGAAGGCCUUAUCUGGAUUGAUAAAACUUGGAAAAGGUCCUUUGGCACAUCAGUUACUGCUAGAAUCUUAUGGAUUACGCCUCCAAAAGAACAUUGAGGUUCUUCUUCCCUCAUGUUGUGUCUGUCCAAAAACAUUUUCUGCUACAUUAUCUAAACUUGUAUUUUCUAUAAUUUCAAUGACAAAAAAGGAGUCUGCUUCAAUAUUUGGGGACAAUCCUAUUUAUACUAACAAAAUUGUUCAAUGGGCUGAGAGGGAAAUUGAAUAUUUUGUACGCUUGGUGAAAGAGAACGCACCCUCUUCUGAGACAGUUUCUGCACUACGAGCUGCAAGCAUUUGUGUUCAGUCUAGUCUCAACUACUGCUUAAUGUUGGAAUCACAAGGCCUGAAACUGUCAAAAUUACUUUUGGUGGUUUUACGGACAUACAUUGAAGAAGUCCUAGAGUUGAAUUUCAGACGGGCUAGAAGACUGCUCUUCAAUUUGGUAGAACUUGAUGAGAGCUUGCUAUUCUCACCUCUCUUUGCAGAUUCAUUGUCUGCAUUUGCAACAUCAUCAGAGUCAGAAAGCUGCAUUAUUGUUGAUAGUGGAAUGAGAUUUAUGUACAUUGUUGAAGAUAUACUGGAACAGCUAACCCCCUUGGCCAUUAUGCAUUUUGGAGGAAGUGUAUUAAGUAGAAUAUCACAGCUGUUUGAUAAAUACAUGGAUGCUUUGAUCAAAGCUCUACCAGGCCCCUCUGAUGAUGAUAAUCUUACAGAGCUGAAAGAAACUAUACCCUUUAGAGCUGAAACAGAUUCAGAACAACUUGCAAUAUUGGCAAUAGCAUUCACCAUUUUUGACAAACUAUUACCAAAUGCCGUAAUGAUUACUUGGAAGCGGCAAAAUGAAAACAGCGAACCAAAAAAUGGACCAACUGAAAACACUGUGCCUAGUGCAAGCUCUACAAUAGAAUUAAAGGAUUGGAAACGCCAUCUUCAGCACUUGUUUGACAAGCUGAGAGAUCACUUCUGCCGGCAGUAUGUUGUAAGUUUCAUCUAUGCAAGCGAAGGGAAAACACGAUUAAAUGCACGGUUUUACUUGAACACUGGAGAGGAUCUGUAUUGGGGUUCUGAUCCUCUGCCUUCACUUCCAUUUCAGGCAUUAUUUGCUAAGCUUCAGCAGUUAGCAACUGUGGCUGGUGAUGUGCUACCGGAAAAAGAGAAACUGCAGAAAAUUUUGCUAGCCAGGCUAACAGAGACAGUUAUAAUAUGGUUGUCUGAUGAGCAAGAAUUUUGGGUGGUGUUUGAGGAUGAUUCCGCUCCCCUUCAACCACUUGGUUUGCAGCAGUUAAUUCUUGAUAUGCACUUCACCGUUGAAAUUGCACGUUAUGCUGGUUACCCAUCUCGUCAUGUGCACCAGAGUGCAUCAGCCAUAAAUGCUCGUGCAAUCAGGACCUUCUCUGCUAGGGGCAUAGACCCACAAAGUGCACUCCCUGAGGAUGAGUGGUUUGUUGAAACUGCUAAAUUGGCAAUAAACAAACUGCUAUCAGUAGCAUCUGGGUCAGAUACAUCUGAAGUCGAUGAAGAUCACAUAAUUCUGCCUGAUGAGAUUGUUACGGAUUCAGAUGACACGGCUUCUUCCCUCUCAACGCUGGAAUCUUUUGAGUCUUUUGCUUCUGCAAGUAUGGGUGAACUUGAUAGCCCUAUCUUCACUGAUCCUGCAAGCUGAAAUUUUCUCAUAUAUAAAUAAUGGAGGAAAAAACCGGGGACUCAAGUUUCAGCUGUUAACCACUCUGACAGUGGUGUUUCAGAAGGUUAGCUUCAGAGUCAUACAUGUUGGUAGAUUUAUCUAUCUUUCUGGAUCAAGAUUUGUACAGGGUAGAUUCGGGUUACACAAUUCUUCACAAUAUAGCCUCAGUGAGUUGAUGGAAGUAUGUUCAUUGAUGUUGUUCUUGGUCACAUUUACAUGUAUCAUGAUAUCAAUAGUUGAUACUUUUGAAAUGUUA